AGCGCAGCGAUCGACGGUUAGUGGUAUGGAUAGAGCACAGCCUCAGUGGUACGCAACCGAGAAGCAGUAGUAUCUUCGCAUCUGGUGUAAUCAGUACUGUUGUGUCUUCCAUGGUGAGAGCAUCACAUUCGUGAGCAACUCCCCAUAUAUUUUUUAUAUGUUUACCGUCGUGUAAUUCAAAAGACAAAAAAACAAACGUGACCGAUAUUUUUUUUAUUUCAUCGUGCAGUUUCAAAUUCAAGAACCGUUCAAGAAAUUCGUUUGAACACUUAAUCUAACAAAUAUUUUUGAAUGAAGCGGUAGCAUCUUUUUAGUGAAAGAUAGUGACAUUUUUUCCAUUGGAUUUCCAUAAUUUCCUUUUUAUUUUGGAUUAAAUAACGACAAUGCAUUCGAUAAGCAAAGUAAUGGUAGCGAUGCUACUUAUGACAACAUGGCUUCAAACGUCCGAGGCAGAAAGCAAAUCCAAAAUUGAAUCAACAUCACAAUCAAUUGUGAGCCGAUUGAAUCCCGCACUUCGAAAGGCGCUUCUGAAAGCUUUGACCAAUAUUGAAAAUUCAAACGACCACGAUGAAAGCACAGAAUUAAAUGGAAUUCAAGAAACAACUGAAGAUGAAUUGCUCGAAGAGAGUACUAAGGCUGAUUUGAAGGCUUUAAAUUUGUACAACUCGUAUUUAACUGAUGGUGCACAAAAUUAUACACAAAAAAAUGAAGACGAAAUAAUUCACACCAUAAUCUUGAAGAAGGCCAAAACAACUACGGCCCCAACUGAUAAAUCCAAGCCCGAUGAUCAGGUCAUUAUUCAGUUUGGUGCACCAAAUCCAGUAAAAGAUAGUGAUGUUCAUAUUGAAACCCUUCAAAUUGCACGCAGUGUCAAAACGAAUGAAAUUGAUGAUGGGGAUAUUGAUAAUAGCAGCAGUGAGGGGAUCCCAAGCGAUUUCAAAGUAACCACCUAUAAGCCAAGCACUACUGCUGGAACAUCAACAAUUACACCAAAGACCGCGACCACAGAAGCACCAACUCACAAUGACGAUGGUGAGAAUAUCGAAAGAGUGUCAAAGAACGAUGUGAAAAUCUACCAAGCUCCACUUGUCGCUGCGUUCACAGUGCAGCAAGACGAGCUUGGCUUACCGAAAAAUAUCAUUCCAUUGAUUCAUCCAAUUCAAACACCAGCAGCCAUUGUAAAACCAAUUCAAGAAUUUACUAUAAGCUCAUCAACCUCUGGUACAACUACGCCAAAACCAUCAAUCAUUACAACACCCUUGACUUUGGAGCUUCCGUCCGAGAAUAAUGCUCCAUCAUUUACCUUGUCGAAAUCUUUAGAAUUACCAUCAACGAAAGAUGCUGCAUUCACAACAUUUGCAUUAGAACAGAAACGAAAGCAACUUGAAGAGCAAAUCGCUCAAUUGCAGGCACAACAACGCCAAACAGAGGAAACUUUCCGCCAACAACAGAUCUACCAAGAACAGCAAGCAUUGAAUCGUCAACAAGGGUUGCUUUUGCAACAACGAUUCCGUUUCGAGCAAGAGAAUCGAGCUCGUCUACACCGUUACGAACAAGAACAACAGCUGCUGCAGCAACAAUUCCGAAAUUCCCAAUUUUUAACUGGUUUGCCAUCAUUCAAUCAUUUGACACCGCCACCAGCAGACCAAUCAAGUUCAGUACAGGUGAUUCCUAGUCUUUCAUUUUCAACACAGCAAUUGCUUCCCGUUCGUGAAGCUACCGAUUUUAGACCAAAAACACCAACAUUCACACCAUCACAACCAUUGCCAGCGUUCCCUGGUCAACAAACAUCACCUCUUUUAUCGCCAAAUCCACAAUUGCCACUAAAGCCAGCACAGCAAUUCAUUUCGAACAUUCCAUCAUUCCCAGCAACUCAUCAUUCUGCAUUGAACAAUAACGAUCCGAUUGCCAUCAGCGAACAAUCGCGUAGCCGUAAUCGCGUUUUUCGGCAAGAGUCCGGCACAGCCAAUUUCGGACUAAAUUCAAUUAAUACCAAUUUCCCACCCAUCUACCCAAUUUAUAAUGUUGAUAGUCAAUUACAGAAUUUGCUAGCUCAAUCGGGCAUCGGUCGAUCUAACGAAGAUUUGAACAUAAUUUCAAAGGUUCUUUCCCUUAACCAUGGUAUCGGCAUUCCAUCAACUGGAUCAAGUACUUUUUAUCCAAUUAUUCAGGGUAGAUUCGUAAGAAGUGCUCGAAAUUAGUUAAGAAAAACGUGUUUUAGCGGUUUUCUUCAUCUUUUUUUUUUCAAAUAUCGUGUACAAUGCGGAAAGACCAAUAUUAAAAAGUGCAUAGACUUUAACGCUUCAAAUCUUGAUAACAAGCGAUUAGUCAAUUCAAUGAACAAUAAAUAUACAAGAAAAAAACGACAAGUUUAUUUGAAAAGAAACAAAUAAAAUACUUGUAUACGUUUAAAACAUCAA